UGAACGUGGUGGAAGCUCUGCAGGAAUUCUGGCAGCUGAAACAUUCCCGAGGUGCGGAAUUACGGCACGGAGCUCUGGUCCUCUACGAGAUGGUGGCAGCUGCCACUCCUCCCUACGUCUGCUUCGUCACCCUCCCUGGGGGCAGCUGCUUUGGCAGCUUUCAGUUUUGUCCCACCAAGGCUGAGGCUCGACGGAGCGCGGCCAAGAUCGCCCUGAUGAAUUCCGUGUUCAACGAACACCCUUCCCGACGGAUCACCGACGGAUUCAUCGAGCGCAGCGUAGCCGAGGCCUUGGCCUCCUUCAAC